UGUCAGUUUCUGCGCCGCCGCCUGCGGUCUCCAGGCCGUGUCCCGCCGUCGCUCUCGCCGCCGAUCGCCCCGCGCCGCGUCCAGGGCCGCAGCCCGCGCGAUGGCGCACUCGGGGGCUGCAGUGCCUCUGGGCGCGCUGGAGCAGGGCUGCCCCAUCCGCGUGGAGCACGACCGCCGGCGCCGCCAGUUCACCGUGCGGCUCAACGGAUGUCAUGACCGGGCCGUCCUGCUCUACGAGUAUGUGGGCAAGCGGAUUGUAGACCUGCAGCACACCGAGGUCCCUGACGCCUACCGUGGGCGUGGCAUCGCUAAGCACCUGGCCAAGGCCGCCUUGGACUUUGUGGUAGAGGAGGACCUGAAGGCCCACCUCACCUGCUGGUACAUCCAGAAGUACGUCAAGGAGAACCCACUGCCACAAUACCUGGAGCGCCUGCAGCCGUGACCGCAGUGGGCAGGAGCACUCCCUGCCAGCCUUUCCACGUGGACUCCGCCCCUCCACGUGUCUCAGGACCCUGCUCCCAUGGGGAACAGGCUCAGAGUUAUUUUUGUAAGGAUGUUCUGCUGCAGCCCUGCAUCCAUGCUCCUGAGGGCAGCUGGCAGAGGAUGCCCUGUGAUCCAGGACUGGAGCAAAGGGCAGGCCAGGCAUCCGUGGUCCCAACAGCUCCCUCCCACAAAGACCCUCCAGCUUCCCAGAUGCCUUCCACUGGGAGCACAACAGGGCCUGGGACAACAGGGUCCCUGCUCUGUGAUUGUUGUCUGAGGCUGAUGUGGGAUCCCUGCCUCCACCUCCUGGGGCUGUGUCCUUCCUACAAAUGAGGAGGAUUGCUCCCCAGAGCCAAGAGGACCAACAAGAAAACUCCUGUGCCAACUUCUAGGGAUGGUAAUGCUGAGCCUCAGCUGCCUGCCCCCUUUUCUUUCUCAGACUCCAGUGCCCUGGCCCAGGUGGCAGAGCCACAGCAGAGGGUGAUCCUCCCUGACUUGAGAGAGAAGAGUGGUAGGUGGAGCUGUGGCCCAGGCUCAACUGUACACACACACACACACACACACACACACGCACGCACGCACACACGCACGCACACACGCACGCACACACACACGCACAGAGUGUGGGGUGUGGACACACUUGAGGUGGGGGGCAGUAGCUGUCUUCCUUGCCUUGGCACACUAAUCUUCUGUUGACUUCUCCUGUGUCACCUCUGCAGGAAACAAUGUCCCCACCCCAGGGCCUGUCCCCUCUUCUGCCCCUGUCUGCCAGGAGCCAGCUCUGGAAGCUGCCUCAGUGGCCAGGACCUGAUGAGCAUCACAGUGUCCUGGCCUUCUCUGGCCCUUUUACCUCCACCUGCCUAAGCUUUCUCAGAGGGGUCUCCUUGGACCUAGGGGUAGGAGGCAGGCACACUGUCCCCAGAAAAACACCCUCAUUGCCCAAGAGGAAGAAGUGAGUCACCAGAGAGAUUUCCUUUGCUGCCACCAAACAGAGCAUUACUCUCUGAGUGGCCACCUGUGGCCAGCACAUUCUGUUGCCUGCCUUGAGUCCCAGGCUCCUCCCACACCAGUCUUCUUGGUGAUAGCCUGGGAGAUGCACCAAGCACAACUUGUUUCUUUGGGGACUUGUGGCUUCCCUUUAGGGACUAUUCAGGGCUCAUACUCUUGACCUUGUGCCCUACUCCCCUCAUAGUUCUUAGUUCCUUCCUGCUCUGUGAAGCAGGGCUAUAACCCAGGAAUCAGAGUUCCUUUCAGAUUUGAGAUGUCGUUCAAUAGCAAAUGCUGGGGCGAUGUGCCAUUUGGAUUUGGGGGCAAGGGGGACUGGGCCCUGGCCCUGGGAAGAGGCUACUGGGAUGUCCUAUGGCUCUCCCCUCCAGGGUAGGGGCUCAGGGCAGGGGGGCUGCUGGUUACCCAGUGAGCAUCACGGUGUCCCUGACCCUCUCUAGCCUCUUUGCCACCACCAGCUUGGGCUUUCUCAGAGGGGUCCCCUUGGAUUUGGGGGCAAGAGGGAGGCAUAUGCCCCCCCCCCAGUAUCUCUGACAUUCUUCUUUGGUGCUGGCCUGGCCUGGCCUGUAGGUGUCUUUACAUUCAUCCCACUCGCUCAAGUCUCUGUUCCACAAUCCUUUUCUCCUCUGCCAGCCACAGCAGCUCAGGGGCCCACAUUAGACAUCUGCACAGAUGCCUUUCCACCUGCAGUGGAACAUCCAGAUCUGUGCCAGGAAACCUGGCAGCCUGCUGGGGGGCCCUGAGCUCAGAGCCCCUGAGCCCUACCACUGUGAGUCCAGGCUUGGACCAGUAUGGCUGCCAUCCUAAGCAUCCCUCACUGCCCCUGCAUCCCAACCUGGCCCACAGUUCCCCCACCCCAAACCUGAGAUCCACAUACUUUGAGAGCAGGUGACUCCUGUGGUGACCACCUGUCCACAACAUGCUUAGUACUUGAAUGAAGGGACCUGGGCCUGGGAAAAGCAGCUGGGCCUUUUUCCAGUGGGCUUGCCCUGAGUUCCUGUAGAGAUGACUUGGUCAUCCUCUGCCUUAAAGUACCACUAGCCCCACUCCAAAGGCUCAACGAGACUCUGCUGGGCUAACCCACAGCUUCACGACAGCAGCAAUAACCACGUGUCCAGACCAUCCUGGAGCCCAUCCCAUGCCUCAGCCAACAUUGCCCAACUGGUCCCUCUGGUGCUAUGCCUAUCUUCCUGGCCUCCUAGCCUCACCCCCUGCCCUUGUCCUGAGUCGCUCCUGGAACCUGUAGUUGGGCACUAGUCACUCUGGCCCUGGAGAAAGAAGUGCUAUAACAGGGCAGAGAGACAGGUACCCCCAGCAGGUAAGGGGGUCUCCUCCUCCCCCAGUCUAUAUGGGCAGUGACUUACGUGCCUUUUCUACUCAGGACCUACUCCAACUGGUGUCUGGACUCCCUUGUCACUUUUCAGACUCCUGAACACACUGUGAUGUACAUAUCGCUCUCCCCAUUUUUAACUGAUGAGAGACUUGAGGCACAGGGUUGGGCUAAGGAGCCCCAGAGGGAGAAAGGAGAAAGAAGCAGAGGGGCUGUACAGUGUCCCUCAUUCUUCCUUCCCACAUGUCCAGCCUUUUCUCUCAUCAUCACCAGUGUGAACGGUGCAGCCCCACUGCAGGGGAGAAGAGUGAGGCUUUAGGAGGCACUGUAUUCUGGCUGAAUUCUCUCAGCAUGACAGAGUUGGUGGCAUCGGGAUCCAAUCCCAGCUUGGGCAACUUUGCUGUCUGUGUUCUUUCCCAACCAGCCUGGGCCCCAUGCCACAUCCCAUCUACACCAGCCCCCAAGCUGUGGUCCAGUCCCAAUGCCACACUCCCCACUGCCUGGGCAGCAGCCUUGGAACAUAAAAGUCUGCCCUUUGGGAUUUCUGGUUGGUCCAGAGCAGGGAGGUGGGAUCUGACCUUGCUGAACAUAGGUCCAGUAUCUUGCCAAGAUCCACAGCUCACUCACCUGGCACUUCAUUCAGCUGCCAAGGGAAGGAGCUGACUCUUGAACAGGACUUCCUCCUAGAUCCCAUGUGGAGAGUUGGGUGGCUAUCUCAACAAAAGGGGAAGAGGCACAACAGCUGCCAGAGCCUCAUAACCUUACCCUAGUCAAUUCUCCCAGCAAUCCUAUAUGACAGAUGAAGAUACCAAGGGUCAGAGUGAGGGAGUCACUAACCUGCAGCCCAAACAGCUAGAAAGACCAGAAUCCAAAACCAGUUCCUGUUCUCUAUAGAUGGCGUCCAGCUUGCACACUGUGGUCUUAUGUCCACUUUAGGUGACACAUGGCCUCAGAAAACAAUAAACAGAUCAAACUUCCCUGCUCAUUUGGAGGGCUGAGGCGGGGGAUCUGUCUUGAGCUAUAAGGUGUGUGGCUCAUCAGGAAUGCCUGGCCACAUGGAGAAGGCUGAUAACACGUGGACUGGAGUCAGAAGCAGGAUAUUCAUGGAGUACCUGGCCAUGCAUUCACACUGUUCCUCAGUUCAGGACUUGGGUUGGUUUAAGUUCACCCAGAUGUCCUUUUACUAUUCUCAGGGUCCCACUCCUUCCAGAUCAAUGCCCUAACUUUCAUGUAAGCGAUCCGGUGAGGCUGUGAAUUCAACUUGUAACUGCGACCUACAGGAUGGGAUUUAGGAUUAUGUUUUCAGUUGUAUCCAUCCUGUGGCUACAAGAUAUUAAAGAUGGUUUUCCG